UAAUAUUACCGUUCCAAAGACAAGACGCAGUUGUCGAUAUACCGUCGGUUACUAAGCUUAGCAAAAUAUAUUGGGUGCGGAAAAGAUAUUUUUAAAAAGACAUGGGACAAAAAGCAAGCAAGAGGCCGCCUAAAAUAUCGGAGGCGCUCAUGGAGACGUACUUCCGGGCCGAGUACGAUGCCAUGGACGCCGAUGCCGACGGGUCGCUGAACCGACAAGACGCCAUAGAUCUGAUCCAAAUGCUUGGAUGCAACAAGGGGAAACGGAAGCUCCAGGAAUGGGACUACAACAAAAAUGAUCUGAUCUUGAGAGAAGACUACAUAGAAAACAUCAAAGAUGAUCCCAUGCUGAUUAAAAAAACGAUGAAGUACCGGAAGCUCUUCCGGUUGUUCGACAGGAACGCCGACGGCUCGGCUUGCAAGCAGGAAAUCAUCAACGGACUUGAGUCGCAACUGGAUAUCGACGUCGACGACGACGUUCUUAAAAUCGUCGAACAGAUGGUCACCGAUGCAGACGGUCGCAUCACGUACCAGAACUUCUUAAAGCAGAGGUUCAAAGCGUUGAAGGAGAAAGCACCCACUUUUGGUCCAAACGGCAAAUUUGCCGGAAGUCAGGCGUCGAUUGCGUCGGUGAGCGGCCAUGUGGACGGCCACGUGGGAUAG